AUGACUAGUCAUACGAAUCAUUUGAUGUCAAAUUCGGUUACCGAAAUUCGAGUCGAAGUCAAUCAAAGGCAUUUAAUCGAUAAAAUGCUGGCUCGAUAUGCGGCCGAAUUUGUGGUUUUCCGAGAAUUGAUGCAAAAUGCGGAUGAUGCAAAAACCACUGCAGUUGAAAUAAUAUUUGAAGGUACCGCUGAUGGAACUCUUACAAAAACGAUUUUUAAGAAUAAUGGCUUUCAUUUUCGAGAGCAAGAUUGGAACCGACUAAAAAAAAUCGCUGAAGGAAACCCUGAUGAACAAAAGAUCGGUGCUUUCGGAGUCGGAUUCUACUCGUUAUUUUCUGUCUGCGAAAAUCCAAAAGUAUCAUCUGGAGGAUUGAUGAUGGAAUUUUUCUGGAGAGGUGACCAAUUAUACGCGAGACACGGUCCUGAUGGAUCUAAAAAUCUGAAGUGGACCACUUUCGAAAUGAAAUUGAGAACACCUGGAGAAUUUCCAAACCUGGACAACUUCAGUCGUUUCCUGGCAACUUCAUUGGGAUUCACUGGCAAUCUUUGUGAAGUUUCCGUGUACUUUAAUAAAGAUCGCGUAAUUCAUAUCAAGAAGAAGAUCGAUCAGCCACAAUCAAUUGAAAUCAGAUCUGAUAUAAACACUAAAUCCCCAAAAGGUAUAUUUAAGCUCUCAUCGGCGGAUUUGCGCAAUGUUCAAAUCGACGCACAUAAAGUCUGCAUCCCUCCUGGAGCGCUACCAUCUGGUAACUGUCCAACAGAAGUGGCAUCUGUAUGCCUCCAAAUUGCUAGCGGAAAUUUGGAGGUGCGAGUCCAAGAUGACUUUUGUGAAGAAAUGGAAAGGUUAACAAAGAAAAAACCUCCGAAUCAAACGAAAAUACAUAUUCUUCUUCCCAAAUACAACGAUUCCACAAUGGAUGAAUCUUCUAAUAUUUUCAAGGACUUAUUACCAUUCCCUAAGCAAGGAAGAAUAUUUAUAGGUUUCCAAACACAUCAAACCACCGGUUGUUCCAUAAAUGUGGCCGCUCGUGUCAUCCCAACGGUUGAACGUGAAUCAAUUGACUUGGUUGAACCAACUCUUUCCGUAUACAAUUCAGAGAUGUUAUGUUCUGCAGGAAUAUUAUCUCGCUUGUUGUACGAAAAUGAGAUUUACCAAAUUUCUAAAAUGUACCAAAUUGCGCAAAAAUUAACAUCUGAUUGCGAGAAGCGUGCAGCGCAUGCACUCGCACAUUUUACCUUCGGAAGUAGUACCCCAAAUUCUGAAGUGGCAGAGAUAAUUGAACAUCAAUUUUUCGAUAGCUGUUCUUCAAAAUUACCUUUAUUAUCCACUAAUGGAGUCAAAGCCAUAAACAUGAUACGGAUACCUGACCCAGAGAUGGCUGCAUUUAUCAAAACAGUUUCAGUUGUACCGGAAAUCGUGUUUAAGCAAUGCAACUUGUUCUUUGAUAGGGCGGAAGCUGUAUUAAAGCUUAUCGAAAAAGCGUCAAUAAAUGAUGUAUUUGAAGAAUUGAAAAGUCGAAACUUGGAUCAGGAUGAAAUGGAGGCUGUUAUGAAAUGGUGGAUAUCGUAUUCCUCAAAACAGAAUAAUUCCAAAUUAGGACAAGAAAAAUUUUUACAGUUCGCCGUUUUACGUGUUGGAACGAAUGUUUUACCACUGAAAAAC